AUGGUGGCGGUCGACGUCCGCGCGACCCCCUUCGUGGGCCCGCGCGUCGCAGGGCGCGCGGUGGCUGCACGGAGGCUCCGGGCGCGGCGCCUCGUCGUCAGCAACGGACUCUUCGACGGCGUUGGGGGGAAGAAGGCGAGCGCUACGGGGGCGGCCACGCGCGCCGAGCGCCGCGUCCAGCGCGGGAUCCCGCAGACCACGUCCGGCAGCGGCCGCCGCGAGACCUCCGCGGAUCUCCGCAAAAAGGCCGCCGAGGAGCGCGCUGCGCGCGCCGCGGAGCGCAGGCGGCAACAGGAGGAGCGCAGGCAGGCGCAAAUGAAGGCGCAGCAGCAGCGCCGCGCGCAGACCGCUUCCGGGCGCCGCGGGAGUGGUUCUUCGUCCGACGAGGAAGAGAAGCCCGCCGGAACGGGGCUGUUCAACUUCCUCGGUGGGACGCAAUCGAAGCGGGUGACGAGCGAGGCACCACGCGGCGCUCGGGCGGCGCCGACGAGCGGCGCAGCGCAGGCGCGUCGCGAGGCGCAGCAGCGCGGCGCCGAGGAACGCAAGCGGCAGCAGGAGGAGGCGCGCGCGGCGCGCGCCGCGGCUGCGGAGGAGCGUCGCCGCCAGCAGGAGGAGGCGCGCGCAGCGGCGAGGGCCGCCGCGGAAGAGAAGCAGCGGGCGCGGCUGCAGGCGCAGGAGGAGCGGCGCCGGCAGCUCGAGGAGGCCCGGGCCGCGCGGGCGGCGGCGGCGGAGGAGCGCAAGCGUGCGCAGGAGGAGCGUAGGCAGGCGCAGCGCCGCGCGCAGGAAGAGCGCCGCGCGCGGUCCGCGGCGGGCACGCGUCGCGAGCGGGUCGCCGAAGACGACGCCCCGGUCGGAUCCGGCCUGUUCGCGUUCCUGGGGGGGUCGCAGUCAACGCGCGUCGGCACGCAGAGCGGGCGGGCCGCGCCGGCGGCCGACCCGGCGCAGGCGCGGCGCGAGGCGGCGGAGGAGCGCAAGCGCCAGGCCGAGGAGCGCCGCCAGGCGCAGCUGGCCGCGCAGCAGGGACGGCGCCGCCAGCGCAGAGCGCCUCGCCCAGCGCGGCAGGCGGCGGCGGCGGGCCGCAAGCGCGCGCAGGAGGGCGUCCGGGAGGCGCAGCGCGCGCGCGGCGGAGGGCGGCGCGCGCGGACGGCCGCUGGGGCGCGCCGUGGCCGCGUUGCGGAGCCGGAACAGAAGCCGUCUGGCACGGGCCUGUUCGGCGUGCUGGGCGGGACGCAGUCGAAGCGGGUGGCCGCGGGGGGCACGGGCGGCGUGUCUGCGUCCGAUGCGGCGCAGGCGCGCCGCGAGGCGCAGCUGCGCGCCGCCGAGGAGCGCCGUAGGAAGCAGGAGGAGGCGGCGGCGGCGCGGGCGGCGGCUGCGGAGGAGCGCAAGCGCCAGCAGGAGGAGGCGCGGGCCGCGGCGAGGGCCGCGGCGGAGGAGCGGCGGCAGGCGCAGCUGGCGGCGGCGGAGGAGCGGCGUCGGCAGCAGGAGGAGGCGCGUGCGGCGCGGGCGGCGGCGCUGGCGGAGCGGCGCGAGGCGCAGCGGCGCGCGCAGGAGGAGGCGCGCACGGUCUCGACGCGGAAAGCCGCGCCGGCCGCCGAGGACGGCGGCACGACGAUCCGUGUGGGCACGGGCCUGUUCAGUGUCUUUAGUCGCAAGGACGAUGCUGAGGCCGAGGAGGAGCCCGCGGCGGCCGACCCGGCCCAGGCGCGCCGCGAGGCGCAGCUGCGCGCCGCCGAGGAGCGCCGUAGGAAGCAGGAGGAGGCGGCGGCGGCGCGGGCGGCGGCUGCGGAGGAGCGCAAGCGCCAGCAGGAGGAGGCGCGCGCGGCGCGGGCGGCCGCGGUCGAGGAGCGGCGGCGGCAGCAGGCGGCGGCGCGGGGGGCGGAGCCCAUGGACGAGGGCGCGCUGCUCCGGGCGCAGAUUCGCGAGCAGAUGGAGGAGCUGCAGGCGGCGGCGCGGGAGGCUCAGAGCGCGGCGCGGGAGGCCGCACAGGGGGUCAAGGCCGCAGAGCGCGGGGGCGCCACUGCGGAGCGCCAGGCGCGGGCGGUGAUCCAGCGCAUCGGGCUGCUGGAGCAGGAGGAGCAGGAGGCGCAGCGGGCGAUUGCGGACCUCGCGGUGGAGCUGCGGUCGGCGGAGACCGACCUCGCGGCGCUCGUGAAGAAGAAGGCUGCGCUGGCCAAGGAGAUGACGCGGCCACUGUUCCGCGUGAAGUGA